UCGACUCAAAACCAGAUGACAGAUCUGCAACGGGAAAUGGAAGAGCUGGUCAGAUAUUUUGGACAAGAAAGCAAUCGUCUUAAACCUGAACUCUUAUUUGGGACAUUAACCAGAUUCAAGUCGGAGUUUGAGCACACAACCGCGGAAUUAGGUUUUGAUGAAUUCCAAGAGGGGGAUUAUUCUCUGGAAAAUUCUUUUGAAGUUGGACAAGGCAACGAAUUGAAUGGCCAAGUAGAGCCUGAGGCUGGGGGAACACAGACGAUUUUCUCGAGCGAUAAACUGCCCAGUACUCCGAUCGGCCAAGGACGAAUCACUGGAGGUACCCAAAGCAGACGACAUACGCGUGGUGGUACUGGUAGCGUGGUUAGAUCGGGGGUAGGGAAAGGUGGACUUGAUGUGGCGAUUAGGGAGAUCAGAACUGGGUCGAAACUCAGGCCUCUUCACUUCUUCCAACGGGAAGUCGAAGACAGUCCGACUCCCGCUUCUAGGAUCUUCCUUACUGGUUGA